AUGCAUAACUUUCCACACUGCUUCUGCCCUCCAAGGUCCCACCAACAUGCGGUGCCAGCAGAAAGCGAUGGCGGACCCCUUCUCGCACAGCAAGAUAGCGGGAAUAGGCAAAGGCAUGGUAAUUUUCGAUAUCGUGACACCAAUGCAGCCGGGUGCGGACGCGAUAGCGGUGGCCGUGGCCAGGGUGACGGUGUGGGCGAGCAUCAAGGCUUCGCCAAUGAUCCGGCCGAUCAACAAACUGGGGCAGGAGUUGCGCCCGGAGGGGUGGUCGGCCCUGACGGUCUCCCUUAUGUAGGGGGUGGCGGUGCCUCUCCCACCAACGCCGGCAAGUUCCGUAGAGAGGGGUUUAUUCUGUCAUACAAUGGUCCUCUCACUGAUUACUACGAUAUCGAAACUAAGAAACUGGGACAGGGAACUUACGGUAGCGUCUGCCGCGCUGUCAACAAGGCAACCAAAAACGUCAGGGCAGUGAAGACAAUCCCAAAGGCAAAAGUGAAAAACGUCAAGAGGUUCAAGCAGGAAAUUGCCAUCAUGAAGUGCCUCGAUCACCCCAACAUCAUCAAACUAUAUGAGACAUUCGAAGACCACAAGAACAUCUAUCUGGUUCUUGAACUUUGCAAAGGAGGGGAAUUGUUCGAUCGUAUCAUUGAGGAGGGCUAUUUCAGCGAAAUGUAUGCCGGAACGCUGAUGCGCCAGGCGUUUGCGGCUCUAUAUUACAUACAUCAGCACGAUUUUGGUCUGGCUGCUAGAGCUGGACCAACAACAGUUCUCGCGACGAAAGCAGGGACCCCUUAUUAUGUGGCACCCCAGGUGCUGCAGGGCAAGUAUACGUACAAAUGCGAUAUCUGGUCGGCAGGGGUGAUCAUGUAUAUCCUGCUAUGCGGAUACCCUCCUUUUCAUGGAGAUAAUGACGCUGAGAUCCUCGCAAAAGUGAAGAGCGGCAAGUUCUCGUUCAAUGAACAGGACUGGAAGAACAUCAGCGUGGAAGCAAAAGAUCUUAUCCGAAAGCUCCUCACUUACGAUCCGGCCCAGAGAUUGACCGCCGAGCAAGCUCUUGCCCAUCCGUGGAUCAAGCACUACGCGACCAAGGCAAACCCUGCAGCUGACUCGCCGCUGAACAGCCAAAUCUUGGACAAUUUUAGGGCUUUCCGAGCAGUAUCGAAAUUGAAGAAAGCCGCUCUUACUGUAAUUGCUCAACAGAUGAACGAGGGACAGAUCAAAGCGCUAAAAAACAUUUUCCUUGCGCUGGAUGAAGAUGGUGAUGGAACUCUCACAGUUAACGAGAUUAGAGUGGGACUGAGCAAGAGCGGGUUGAAAGAGAUGCCGUCAGAUCUCGAUGCUCUCAUGCACGAAGUGGAUAGUGAUGGUUCUGGAGUGAUUGACUACACCGAGUUCAUCGCUGCGUCCCUUGACAAAAGACAAUAUAUACAGGAAGAUGUAUGUUGGGCAGCCUUCCGAGUCUUUGACAUUGACAACAACGGCCGCAUAUCGGCCGAUGAGCUCGCGCAGGUUCUCUUAAGUGCAGAUGUUCAGAACAUGUUUCCUCAACGUGAAGGGUUAGGGCAGCCAGCCACUGAGAGCAAACCGACAGCGGAGGAAAAAAGGGGCGCAAGAGAACAAUACAAACACAACGUUUUAGAGAUGAAGGGGCUCAUCAAGGAAGUGGACAGGAAUGGAGACGGAGAAAUUGACUUCGACGAAUUCAUGGAAAUGAUGCGUAGAGGAGAUCCUGGGUAA